UCUAAUUCAUCAUGUGUGAAAUGUCCGAAGAGAGAACGUGUUACAUUAGAACUAGUCUUAUGUUCCAUGACCUGACAAGAGAGGUGCUAUUUAAAGUGUUCAAAUGUUUAAUAAAAAGUGAUGACAUCACAGGCUUUCUCUCAUCUCUAGAGCAGCAAAAUAAAUUGAGGGAACUUUUGAAAAGUAAUGUCCUAAACGUACAUGAUUUUAAUCUUGUUUCUGGUCAAGUUUUAAAUCUAGAGAGAUUCGAUAUUUCUCUUUUAGUAAGACUUAUAUUAAACUUGUGUAAAGAUAAAAUACCAAAACCACAGCACGGUUGGAAAACUAAACCACAUCCGAAAGACGAAAGUCUUGGUGCUGAUCUUCGUCGAUUGAGGGAUGUCAGAAAUAAGAUUAUAGGUCAUAGGGCGAUUGCUAAAUUGUCAGAGGCAGAGUAUGAAAAGACGUGGGCAAAAAUCAAAGCUAUCUUAUUGAGAGUGGUUGAACUUGUUGACUCGAAGUCUAGUGAAAACUUUGAACGAAGAAUAAAUGAAUACAGACGACUAAAUGUAGAUACAGAGAAUGCUGAUGUUAAGAGGUUACUGGAUGAGUUUCUUAACUACAACAAAGAAAUUGAUGAUAUUCAAGAAAAGGUUGAAAAAUUGAGUAGAAGAUCAUAUGGUUAG